AGACGUGUCCAUUAACUUCACCGCUGGCCCUGUGACGGCACGACUCCGCUGACACGACAGACACCCGGAGCUGGGAAAUCUGUCAUACAGACAGUUCGCACACCAGCGGACUUCCAUUACUGAUUUAUUAGCACGGGAUUGGCUUCCUCCGUCUCCAGAGAUCAUUUUUUUUAUCCGACUUUAAAGGGAAACCAGGAUUGGUUUCUUCAGGACAUAAAAACAUGGAAUGUGUUUGGUUUGGAUAUGCAUAGCCUUCCAGAGGCUUCAGAUCCAGGCCUUGGCAGCGACAGUCAGCCACAAUCUCUCUAUAGAAUGGCAGCGCUCUUUGAAACGUUUUGUGACUUGCUGCCAUUUAAAAAAUGCAGCCUUGUGUUUAAAGUUGAAGGCGUGGCUGAAUGUGAAUUCUGUUACUUUCCUUUCUGCAUUCAGGACUAGAUCUCAAGUAUGGCUUUUGGUGAAAUUGGAUGCUGCAGCUGUGCAUUUUAUCUAACACAGAACGGCCUGAGCUUGAAAACAAAUUGAAUCAUCGUAAAUUACUUUGGCAUUUGGAAGUUUGUAAUAAUGUGAGAGGCUUCACUGAGAAGUCAAUGAUUAUGCCGGACUUUGAGAACACUGCAGGAACACAGCGCUUUUUCACUUGAACUUUUACAUUGUGUUGAAAAAGGCCAACGGUCAUUUGAUUUGUUUGUUUUAGCAUUGGUUUGCCAGCAUGGAAUGAGUUUGAACACUCUCCCACAAAAGCCAUUGGAAGUUGUUGUUUCCUAUAGGGCUUUGGUGUUAAAUCUAAUCUUGUGCUCAACCUUUGCCCUCUGACCACUGAGAUCAACUCCAUCUUAAAUUUACUGACCCUUUUAGGGAUGUCACAGCCCUGUACUGAUCUCCUCUUCUGCAGUGGAUGAAAUGACCCUAAUUCAAAAUGAAUGUUUGCUCUUGUCCUCAUUAAUCUAGUGAAUAGAUUAACUUUCCACAUUCAGUGCCUUGUAUUAUUUUGUGAUUUUUAACCCUUAAAUGCAUGCCUCGGGUCUUUAGCGACCCAGGACGUCAUUCACUACCCUUUACCUUCUUCAUGUUUUAAAGGUAGACAUCAAUACUGUUCUCAAUGAAAUAUAAGUGUCACUGUCAUUUGAUGGUGGAUGUGGUGAAAAAGCUGCCAGCGAUUUUGAAGUAAUUGAAAACGAUAGUUUUGAGAAUAUGGUUGAGAUCGUGAAUAUGAGCCAGAUGCUGGAUGUACUGUGGAAGUGCACUCUGACGAUGACAGCGAUGGUAAAAUCAUCUGCUCAAAUUGAACCCUUCUAAGUUCUAAAAAGUAAUGAAAUAUGCUUUAUUUUAUUCUUUUGUAAUUGUUCUUAAAAUAUCAAGAGACUUUUUUGCUAUUGCAGCAGUUAGAUAUUUAUCCGUGUUGGAUAUAUAGGUCCGGGUCGCUAAAGACCCGAGUAUGUAAUGGUGAAACAUUCAUGCAUUUAAGGGUUAACUCUUUUAAGUCUCUUUGGGCAGAAACGGACAAAAUUUAUUUAAAGUUUUUCUUAAACAUCAUAUCAAGUAUGCACAUUAUUUGGGGAGGCAAGAGAAACACGCUUCCCUCUGUAACUUUCACUGCUGGUCGACAGUGUCAUUUUAGAAAAAGCAAAUGAUUUAUGUUUUUUAAUGUCAUAUUUCGUAAUAUUUGUGUUGUUUUAUUUUUGUACUGUGGAUUAUUUUCUCAUCCAUUUUUUGAGAAGGCACUGCCUCCCUUGCCUCCUCAGAGGAAACGCCCCUUAAACUAACCAAUGGUAAGUAGUAGCCCCUAGCGUGAACUUUCUGUCCCGUUUUUAAUAAGAACUUUAGCCUUUUUUGACUUUUUUCAGAGAACUCUGAUACGUGUGCUCUGUGGCGUGUUUGAGUUGGCUGCACGUGUGACCACACGCUCCUCUGGGCCCAUCUGCAAUGAUUAUUUAUUUACACGCUGUGAUGCUUAACCCCGAGCAGGCAAGGGCAUCCCAAACCUCAGCAGCGGGGCAGCAUGAACUCUAGUUACUGGGCUCCACAAAGAGGCUUAACAUCAACUAUCAGGAUCCAGAUGGGUUUUCAGCGUUGCAUCAUGCUGCUCUCACGGGCACUACAGAGUUGCUCUCUCUGCUGUUGGAAGCUCAGGCUGUUGUGGACAUCAAGGAUAGCAAUGGUAUGCGGCCGCUGCAUUACGCAGCAUGGCAGGGUAAAGCUGACUCAGUGCUCAUGCUGCUGAGAUCAGGGGCCGCCGUUAACAAUGCGUCUCAUGACGGGCAGAUUCCACUGCACCUGGCUGCUCAGUAUGGACACUAUGAAGUGUCGGAGAUGUUGUUGCAGCACCAGUCGAACCCGUGCAUUCUAAAUAAGGCUAAGAAGACUCCUCUGGAUCUGGCCUGUGAGUUCGGCCGAGUGAAGGUGGCUCAGCUGUUGUUGAGCAGUAAUAUGGUUGCGUCUCUGUUAGAGGGAGAUCGGAAAGACGGGUCAGACUCGAACUGUAACACUCCUCUGCACCUCGCCGCACGCAACGGACACAAGGACGUCAUCCGGCUUCUGCUGAAAGCAGGUAUCGACAUCAACAGAACCACUAAAGCUGGCACAGCGCUCCAUGAGGCCGCCCUCUAUGGGAAGACAGAGGUAGUGCGGCUACUCCUGGACAAUGGGAUUGAUGUCAAUAUCCGUAACACUUACAAUCAAACAGCCCUAGACAUCGUCAACCAGUUCACCGCAUGCCACGCCAGCAAAGACAUCAAGCAGCUCUUACGAGAAGCUACAGGGGUUCUUCAGGUCAGAGCUCUGAAAGACUUCUGGAAUCUUCACGACCCCACGACCCUCACCAUACGGGCCGGUGACGUCAUCACGGUGAUAGAGCAGCACGUGGACGGACGCUGGAAGGGCCACAUUCAUGACACCCAGAGGGGAACAGACCGAAUCGGCUACUUCCCCCCCUCCAUAGUCGAGGUCAUCAGCCGACGCUCAGGGGGCACCCUGUCACGACACGCCUCUCUGCCCACCCAUAGGCAGCAGCUGCUCUCCAGGUCCGCCCUCAGUCCCAGCUUGAGUCUGAGCGGGGGCGGGACCCUUCAAACUGAUGACUCCUACACUCUGUACACCACUAACCCACACCUGGUCCUCCCACACGCCAACGGUCUGAGCACCAACCCAGGUGGGACUCCCAGCAGUCUGUCCCAGCACAUGACCCCCAGCAUGGAGGACGUGUGGGUUUUGCGGAACUCCUGCGCUGCUGGGGACAGGAACAGUGUGGGCAGUACUGGCAGUGUGGGCAGCACCCGCAGUGCAGGCAGUGGCCAGAGCACAGAAAGCAACAGCGCCCCCAAUGGACCACAGCAACACACCACCAGCCCUGACACCAGCAAGGCCACGCCCUCUGUUGUGGAUUUACUACAGCCAGAUCAUAACAAACUUCCAGACACAUCCACAGGAGUUCCUCGCAGACCUGUGCUGCCCACACAGAGGCCAGGAGAGCAGGGUUUCUCUCAACAGUUUGUGCGUCCUCAACAGCUGCUGGAGGGCAAGGAUGCUGAGGCCAUCUAUCAGUGGCUUAGUGAGUUUCAGUUGGAGCAGUACACUGCUAAUUUCCUCAACGCUGGCUAUGAUGUACCUACCAUCAGCAGAAUGACCCCAGAGGAUCUCACGGCUAUUGGUGUGACUAAACCAGGCCACCGUAAGAAGAUUUCUCUUGAGAUCGGCAACCUCAGCAUUCCAGAAUGGCUCCCAGAGUACAUACCACAGGAUCUUGGGGAGUGGCUGAGCGCAAUAGGUCUGCCACAGUAUCAUAAGAAACUCUCAGAGAAUGGCUAUGACUCGAUAAACAUUGUCCGAGAUCUCACAUGGGAAGACUUGCAGGAGAUUGGCAUCACCAAACUAGGCCAUCAGAAGAAAAUGAUGCUUGCAGUGAAGAAGUUGUGCGAUAUUCAUAAGGCUCUUCUACAGGCGGAAUCAGGGCAGGGCACACUGCGACGCAAAACCCCCGCGGCCCUUGACCUGGUCACUAUCGAGCCGCCUCCCGAGAACGGCGACCUCCCCUCGCCCCACACGCCCAAGAUGAUGACUUUUCAGGACAGUGAGCUGAGUACUGAGCUACAGAGCGCCAUGUCCUCCCACUACAGUGGCUGUCAGGACGGACUGGCCAUCAAGAAUGCAGUAGGUAUGACCUCCAGUCAGGAGAGCAUUGACACGCGCUCUCGAGGCUCCGGACGCUCUCAGGAGCCCCCCAGCACCCCCUCCUCCACUUCCGCUGCGACCCCUUAUAGCCACUCCCGAGAGAGCUUAACGAGCCCAGACAGCAGUCCUGCUAAAGAGCGCAACAUUCCAGAAGGCCGUGACCAGGUCCCACGUCCUCAGCUACCACAGCAGCUGCCGUUCAGUGCGUCCGCUGGCUUUAAAUACCCCGCGGUGCCUGCCAAACCCAAACUGAGCUCUGCUCCUUCUCCACAAGGCUCUCCUGUUCAUAAAACCCUCAAUUAUCCACGUUCACAAUAUAACAGUGCCACGCUUGACCGUCACUCUCCUAGAAUGACCAAGAAGCGCACACAGAGUCUGUCCCGGUAUGCUUUGUCGGACGGUGAACCAGAUGAAGAUGAUGAUGAUGAAGCAGCUCAGCUGGCCAAUAUGGCCAUGCCUUCGUAUGCAACACUGAGCCGCAAGCCUACCCGUGGCCAGCUGGCACGUCUUCAGUCCGCACCUGAGCAGUCCGUCGGCCGAAGCCACUCUUUCGCCAUCAGGGCUCGGCGUAAAGGGCCUCCUCCUCCACCACCUAAACGCCUUAGCUCCGUCAGUAGCAGCAGCACUAGUGUUGAAACUGUCUCCGACACUCCAGCAUCACCUUCUGGAGGAGUUGAGAAUGGCAGACCUGGGACCGUAAAGAGCAUCGCAGCUGCUUUAGAAACAGCCCUCCCUGCGCCUACGGUGGAGCUCCUUCAGGAAACCUCUACAGCUGUUUCCAGUACCAACGAAGGGUCCAGGAACAGACCUCUGAGUCAGACCGAAUCCACCCCAGUAUCCGCCAAAGCAGAUACCGAUAGAGCGUCAAAGUCCGACUCAGAGGAGGAGGAUGGGACGAAGGAUUCAGGUCUGGAGAGCUCAUCCUCACCUCAGAACAGCUCCAGUGAGUGCAUCCCCUUUGCGGAGGAAGGCAACCUCACUAUCAAACAGAGGCCCAAAGUUGGCGGUCCUCUCAAGGCAGAAACCACUUCUGAGUCGCCAGAGAAGGCCAAACCGGCCAAAACCCCUGAAGUUCCAGAGUUCAACCUUAAAGAGUCAGACACAGUAAAGAGACGGCAGAAGCCAAAAGACAAAGAGCUGUCAAACACGGCGUCUGACAGCAGCCCAGAUGGCACAUCAGUUUUAGAGACUCAGGACACAGUGAAACUCCGCAUCAGUGAAACAGAUAUGAGUCUGCCAUGUGUGGAGCUUCCAGCCAAACCAGUGAAAGCACCUCCUCCUCUUGCUCCCAAACCUCCCAGUCCCCUGAAUUCAACACGGCACGCCUCUAAACCAGAUCCUGCUCCUGUAACAGCUGUCGGCUCCAGCGUGACACUGAGUGUUGUACAGAGUGUUGCCUUUGCAGCACCUCAGUCUCCAGUCCCAUACUCCCCCUCGACAGAAAACACGGGUCAGAAUGUGAUAUCAGAAAGCCUACAGGCUCUGAUGGAUGGGGAUCAAGGGUCAACACUGAAACAUCAGAGGCUGGAGAAGACCAGCUCAUCCCUGGAGGAAGCACUGAAGGCUGUGGAGAGAAAACUAACUCUGGAGAACAACAACGUGGGUGUUUCUCAUGUAGUCAAGUCUGCAGGGAACAUUCUGGAUGACAUCGGGAACAUGUUUGAUGACCUGGCCGAUCAGCUAGAUGCUAUGCUGGAUUAAAGAUUCUCAUGGAUGAGGCUGUUUAUUUUUUGAUGGCCCAAAAACAGGAGGAGCAUGCAUGGUUUCUUCUGCCUUAUAAUUCAGAUGGAAAACAGAGAUGAACUCCUGAACACCAAAAGUGGGAACCUCAUGGACCACACAGACAUUUAUGGACCACAGUCUUCUGACUAAUGUCAGUCUUGUCUUGUUUGUUUGUUUGUUUGUUUAUUCUUAUUCCAGCGUCUAAUCAACCAGCAUAUAUGUUUGUUUUCCUGUCAUUGUAUUUUGGGGAUGAACUGUGGACUUGAGCAAAGCGUGACCCCAAUGAACUUUACAUGAUGGACCCAGAUAAAAGAAAUGCACUUAGGAGAAUCAUUCCUAAAGCAAUAUACAUUUCAAAAUACUACACUGAUUCAAAACAUUUCUAGAAAGAUUAAUGGGAUAGUUCACUCAAAAAGUGACAAUUUGGUCAUCAUUUGCUCGCCCUUAUGCUAAAGCGAGACAUUUUGAAAAAAAACUGUACGCAGCUCUUUUUCAUACAGCAUUAAGUUAUAGUGACCAGCUGUCAAAACAAAUAAUAAUACAUGAUAACAGAAUUUUCAUUUUUGAGUGAACGGUUCCUUUGACAUAACUACUUUUCAAAGCAUUUUGAAAGAAGCAGUUUUUGACUUAUUCAUUUCAGCAGGUAAACAGCCUUUGGGAGGUUUGGUGCUUGUACCAUAUUUUUUCAUAAUGACGUUGCAGAUUUGCAGGUUAAAUACAUGACUGAUGUUUUUUUUUGUAUGAAAGCGUGGUUUUAAAGGGAACAUGUUAAAAUGAAAACAGUAACACUGCCUUAUGUAACUAGAGCAGCACCGAUGUACAGCAAGCGAUUCAGGUUUAAGUUACCACAAACUAUUUUUGAAGUCUUUAAACUUUUAUUAGUCCAAAUAGUAUUUAAACUUUAUCAAAAUAUGUAUAUUGUACACUAAAGGUAUAUUUGAUUGGGAAGCAAACCUGUUUGUUGUACCAAAGUAUAUGUAUAUUUUUAUUCAAAUGUUGGAUAAUGUUAACGCUAACAGACUUGCAGCUAAACUAAUGAAAUUGAACGCAGUGUCAUUUCCCCUUUGCACAUAAUUUGAUAUGAUGUAUCUGAUGAGGAAUAUAUCCACACUGUUCUUGUGUGCCAUACGUUUAAAUAGAUGUUUCUUUCAGGUUCUGUCUCCCAACGAACUGAAAUGUAAUCAGUGGCAUUUGUUUAACUAAGACCGUUUUAACAUUAACAACUUUAGAACUGCAGUUAAGGCCCAUUCACACCAAGGACAAUAACUGUAACUAUAAAGUUUUAAUAACUUUAAUCGUUCUCUGCAAUGCGCACUUAUAGUAAACAGAAUGUCAAUAUAGUCAUUAUAGUUAUAAUUCUUGGUAUGACUGGGCCUUUGCUUAUGUGAAUAUUAUAUAUUAGUGAUGUUCUUAAUUAGGUAAUAUAACACACUGAUAUGAUUCAGUAUCAAGCCCCUCUUUGUUAUAAUUUGUUAACAUUUUCUAUUAAAUGAAUUUAGCUA